GGCGUCCUCAAAGCAGUGAAAGGACAUCUGUCAGCAGCUCGUGAAAGACGAAGAACCCCGAGCAGAGCAGCGCAGAACGCAGCAGGCGCUAUAUCCACUUGAUUAUUUGCAUACCUGGUAGGGUGGGCGAUAAAUAGGUGUAGAGAAGAGUGAGAGAGCGCGAUUAUCAGUGUUAAGGGAAAAAAAAAUCGUGAAAACGAGCGUGUCGCGCAGUUGUUCAUGCGGGAAAGGUCCCACAUCAGAACAACGUUACGUGGCGCGAAAUUGGAAAACAGUCUAAAGUGUCGAGGAAAGGAGGUGAAGCGUCUACAGCGCUCAAGAAGUAGUAGCAGCAGCAGCAUUAGCAGUAGAAAAUAAAUGAAAACCGGCGAUCGACACAACGAGCACUUGAGGGGCUCGGCUGAGAAGCCUCGUUGGAGCAGGCGUGUUGAGGUGGUGGCGUACUUGUGGGUGAAGAGAUGGAGGGAAAGAUGAGGUGCAGAUGUCGUAGUGUCAGAGCGAUAGGAAGAGGGCUGUGUCGUCGUCAUCCAUUAUUGUUUGGCUCGGGUGCUCUAUAGGCGCCACUAGCGCACAGCUCACCAAGAUCAUCCUCUGGACAAGCUCUUUGAAAAAAACAACAACAACAUAUCUGCAUCACACGUGUGAAAGCCAUCCGUGACCUUAGCAGCAGAAGUUAAGUAGUUGUAGGGAAGAGGUAGUGACGAUGCUCUGGAAACCGGACGUCUUUUGGAAGAACACCUCUUCUUUUACUAUCAUCAACCCCAACGACGAAGACGUUGAAACUGGAUAUAACAACUGACACGAAAGAAAAAAACAUAUCUGCAUCACACGUGUGAAAGCCGUCCGUGACCUUAGCAGCAGAAGUUAAGUAGUUGUAGUGGAAGAGGUAGUGACGAUGCUCUGGAGACCGGACGUCUUUUGGAAGAACACCUCUUCUUUUUCCAUCAUCAACCCCAACGACGAAGACGUGGAAACUGGAUAUAAUAACUGACAAGAAAGCCGUGAAAAUCUGACCCCCGAAACCACGAAAAGCCUCAGGAAACUCGCAAAAAACGCUGAGAAAAGCGAAAUUUCCCGAAAUUCGGGAAGCAAAUAGAAGGAAAGGCAGGCAGGCAGGCAGGCAAUAUCGCAAGCUCGCUUGGCUUGGCCAUGAAGCCGUCUUCAUCAUCCUUAUCAGGAAGGGCAGUGGGAAUGGGGUUCGACAUCAACGUUCCUCCUCCGACGGGGGACGACGACCCUCGUACGAAGGAAUUCCCCGCCCCGGUCAUGGUGAAAAAACCUCAGAGAGAACCUGUGGAAGUCGUUGACCUCGAGAAACAAGUCACGGAUGACGAAGGACACGAAGAGGAAAACGAAGAGGGGGACGAUGAGGGAAUUCUUGUUCAUGAUAGGAUGCGUGUAUGCCCUCGACCUGAUCGCUCAGGCCUAAUUGGCAGGAAUGAUCGAUUUCACAGGCGGUCUGCGGCCGUGGCCGGGGUGACACGGGGCGGUUCUGAUCGGGAACCCCCGGCAAAGCAGGGUGAUGAGAAAGCAAUUCUGCAAAACAUUAUGCAGGAAACACUGCGAGAUCCGAUGAAAGACGUCUGUGAUGCCAACGAAGACGAAACGGAGUUGGGGGAAGAGGAAGCGGAGGAAGACGAGAAGGGGGAGGAAGAAGGAAUGGGGUGGCAUGGGGACGGUGACGAACCGGAGGAGGAUGCUGAGGACGAUGAGGGGGAGGCCGAAGAGACGGAUGGCGAGCAGGCCGAGGUACACAUUUUUCCAGUCCAAGCGCGUGCAAGGGUAAGAGAGCCCAGUGGUAGUUCUUCGAGGCAGAAGGGCGAGGCAUCCAUGGCUAUGCGAGGAAAGGAGCAACAUUAUUGUGGCGACGAGAAAAAGUACGAGGAGGAUAAAGUGCUGGACGAGCGAGGCGGAAAAAAAGAGGGGGUGUCGCAGUCUCCAUGUGAUAGGGAUACCUCCAUUCGGCGAUCGGGCGGUCAGGAGGUGCCACGUGGCGAAGAGCGGAGGGCGAUGGACAGUGCAGGAGAGGGAGAAUGUGACAUCACUACUGCUCAUUCUACCCGGCCUGCACAAACGCUACGAUCGAGAACCCUAACUGGAGGUAUGAUUUAUGGUUCUUCUUCUUCUCUUUCUUCUACUCAGCGUCCUCCACCUGCUUCUCGAGGGGAUGACAAACUUUCGCCUUCGUUUCCCGCUGCGGCGACGGCAGGAUUGGCAGGAUUGGUUGGUCCUCCCGUUCGUGAAGAGGUUCGGUUGGGGGAUAAAGAUACAACGCUAGGAUCAACACAAGGAGAUGCUGCUGAAAGGAGCGAGCAGGGCUCUGAUGCUGAGAGCUCUGGCGCUCAAGUUUUCCGACUGCGAGAGAAGGAGGCUGUCGAGGAGGUGGUGACAAUGGCGGCGGCCGAUGCCGCGAGGCUCGGGGGGGACGAACUGAAGGCGGAGCCAGGGCUAAGUAGGGCUGACGAGGCAGGUGGUGACGGGGGGGUAUGGAAAAGUGACCGUGUAUUUUCGUCGGCAGGAAUCGAAGACGAGACCACGGCGGAUGACCGGGAAGAAAGAGAGGGUGCCGGCCGCUCGUCUGUGCCCUCGGCGGCUCCGCUUAGCUCAUUAGAGGUACCUGUGCGCUCAGCAGGGGGAGAGGGGGUAGUAGCGGGUAUCAUGGAGCUGCAGGUAGAGAAAGUGAAGGCAUCGAAGCAAUCCCGUUCUGUGGGGCCAACGGGGGAACUCAACAUCAAUCGAGAUGUUGCUGGGUAUGGUGGUGGGGAGCAGGAUGUGCAUCAACUUUCAUACUGGCAGCAACAUCAAAAUGAGCAGCUGCCGGCCACGCCAUCGCCGUCGAAGAAGCAGGAGUUGGAAAAGCACAGCAAAGCGUGUGGGACUGCUGCUUCUCCUUUCGGAACGAAUGGGGCCUUGGCCACGCCGAUGAUGAAAAGUAGCGGGGCGGGAGGUAACGGCAGUAGCCGUGCCAAUAAGAGGCUGUCAGAGUCGCGGCUUGAGCGAAAGCAGAACAAGCGUGGGAGGCGCGACAAGGUGGAGCCAGAGAGGAAAAAGGACGAAGAAGAUGUCUGCUUUGUAUGCUAUGACGGUGGCGAAUUGAUGCUUUGUGAUAGGAGCGGACCAUGUCAGCAGGACACGUCAGCAGGCCACGUCAGCCGACAGCAGUGCCACGUCAGCCGACAGCAGUGCCACGUCAGCAGCAGAGAGUACCAGGUCAGCAGGCCCCCGGCCUGGUCUAUGCUUUUGCGCUCGCGAACAGCUGUAAUGGACCAGAAGUCCGGGGAAACAUACGAGGCCUAUCAGGCCCGGAUGCCGGCCUGGAGUACCGAAACCAAGAAACGAGCGGAUGACGUAGCAACCGCAGCGAAGAAGGCAGCAGCGGACGCCGAGAAGGCACGUCUGCUGACAAUUGAACAGCAGCGCCAGCACGACGAGGCAGCAGCAAAGGCUGUCGAUGAAAAAUGGGUUCAACGAUCUGAGAAGAUAUUUAGCGGAGAGCAAGUGUUGCUCACAAUGGCAGCGGAUUGGCGGGCCGAGGCUGAGAAUGGCAAGAUGGAAGAUAGCGAAAACAAGAUUGCUUUAGUCCUCUCCCAUCUCACGGACCUCCUGGCAACAUGCAUUACACAGGAGGAGGACAUUCGACGCGCUGACUCAAGUCCACAGCCGCCUCCGGCAGCUGGAGCAGCGACCUGUCACCGCCCCCUAUGCCAACUCUUCCAACACCUCCGAUCAUUUGAGGCAUUGGAGAUGGAUGUCGGCUCCCUCAAGGACGGCGUGAAGUUACAACAAAACGCAACGCAACAGUUGGAACAGCGGAUCUGCACUGCCGCCAACCACUCGAGCUCGGAACCACGUGAGACAACUCCAAAGUUCGACGGGCAGGAAAUCUUCUGCGACUCGACGAAGACAGAUCCGAUUCCAUGGUUCUGCAAGUUCGAGCUCACGCUGCAGCUACACUACGUCAAAGAACAGAAGCACCACGCGUACUUAUACUCCCGCUCGGGGGGCGCGUGCCAAGCAUGGUUGGACAAUCUCUUGUUCAAGUACGGAGUGGUAGCUGCCGACUUGCAUGCUAAGAUCAGUUGGGAUGAUAUGAGGGCGGCGUGGCAUAAACGGUUCCAAGUAGAGCCGCCGGAGAUCAAGGCAAUGGACAAGCUAAUGGUCUUCGAACAAGGCACGCUGCCGAGUACGCUGCAAAUCCCACAACCAUUGUCCGUAUGGCGAGUUACGACCAUUGUCGGUCCCGUUGAGGCGAAGGGAAGUGAUUGCCAUGGACAUUACCGGCCUAUUCCCCAAGCACAAGAUCGGAGUGGAUGGGAUCUCACGGUGGUCGACCGACUUACCAAGUUCGCCAUGUUUUUGCCUUGCCGCUAUCAUGCUAAGGCACCGGAGUUAGCCGAGGUUCUUUACGCCGGUUGGAUUCGAACCAAGGGUUACCCCAAGGAAAUCGUCUGCGACCGCGACACUCGGUUCAUGUCCGAUUUUUGGUUGGCGCUCAUCAAACGAUGGGGCUCAUCUCUCAAGCCAUGUUUGGCUCGCCACCCCCAAACCGAUGGCCAAACGGAGAGGGCGCAUCAGACCGCACAAGUUCUCCUUCGCACCCUCAUCCGUCCUGACCAAAAGGAUUGGGUCGAGUGGCUGCCGGAUGUCGAGUUGGCUUACAACUCGUCCAUCCACCCGGCUAGCGGGAUGUCGCCCUUCGAGUUUGAGCACGGCUCGCCGGUCACUUCGCCGUUGGACACCAUCAUUCCACGAACGGCCGAGAGCGACGACCAUCUUCUUUUCUUGCGACGGAUGCAAGAGCUACUUGUCGAGGCACGCGACCAGAUGGCCAAGACGCAGCAACGCAUGAGCCAACAGGCCAAUGGCCAGCGGCUUCCUUGCCCAUUCCGCUCUUGCGAUCUCGUUUGGGUCUCCGUUGUGGAAUUCAGCCUUGAACAAGAUAUCUCUCGCAAGCUCCUCCCGAAAUGGAUGGGGCCUUGGCCGAUCGUGGGACCCACUGGGGAUGCACCCGAGGGACCUUCCUUCACCAUUCAGGUGCCCGCCCACUUGCCUGUCUACCCGGUUUUUCAUUGCUCCAAGUUGGCUCUUUACAUGCCAGCGGAACAGGACGAUUUUCCCGGACGACGAUCGCAAGACCCACCGUGUAUGGACGGUUUUCAAGAGGUCGGCGACAUCAUCUCCCAGCGACGCUACGACAACAGGCCAACCGAGUACUUGGUACAUUUUGCAUACUGCACACACCUAGCUGACCUUUGGUUGACCCGUGCGGAACUUCGGUCUCGCACGCUACGAAUGCAAGAUGCAAGGCAAGCCGGUCUCUUCGGCUCCACGCCGCACCCACGUCCAGGUUCCACCUUCAGAUCGUCAGCUUCGCCCUCGCCGCUGCUUGACUUCAUAAGGAGGGGGGGGUGUUACAUGCUGCGCCUGCACACGAGGGCCAUUUCCUAGGCCCUGCGUCCCUCAGGCUGGAAGCCUGAAAUUCGGGCUGAAAGCCUGAAAACCAGGGCCUACAGGCCCCAUGUCU